AUGCCACCAAAAACAAGAACAAAUAAAAAGCAUAACAACAAAGAGCGUCUCUCAACAUCGAGCGACACAAGCGACAAUGAAUCUUCUUCAGUGAACUUAACGGGGAUUAUUGACAAUUUAAACAAAGAGUUUAAAGUGCAAGAGCGAGCGAUGAAGAAAAUAAGAGAAUCGCAAGAACACAUUAGUGAUAGCUUUGAUGCGCUCAAAAAAGAGAUCGAUCGCUUAACAGAAGAAAACAAACAAAUAAAAAAAGAGUUGAAGGAACUUAAAACAAACGGCGAAGGUGUCAAAAUCAAAAUGAAAACAUUAGAACGAAAUUCUGUAGUAAUGGAAAUUGCUGCACAAGUUAAUGCAAAUAUUAAUAUUGAUAGCAUCGAGGAUGUAUAUCAAAAUGAAAAUAAAAAAUUUAAAACACACCCAUUAAUCGUCAAAAUGAGCAGUAAUGAGUUGAAAGCAAAAUGCUUUGAGUUUAGGAAGAAAGGUUCGCAUAUAGAUUUGAAGAAAAUACUUCCAAACGUAGACAUGAAGGGGAAAAAUAUAAACUUCCAUCAGCUGAUGGAAAAAGAACUGAGCGAUUUGAUGAAAAAGGCUAAAAAUGCAGCAUAUAAAAAGAGCUACAAAUACGUGUGGGUAAAGGAUGCAAAAAUACUUGUAAGAAAAGAUGAUGACACCCCGGUGAUACAAAUUAUGGAGCUAGAAGAUUUAAAAAAGCUAGAUUAA